CCGGCGCUCGGCCCACCGGAGCCCUCGGCCUGCGCGGAUGCCGUGGCGGACCUGAGCGCCGGGCGAGCCCCGGGGCCGGACGUGCGCCCCGAGAGUGCCUGGGCGCUUGCCCCGGGCCCGGGAACCGCUUACCUCCUGCCGGACCAUGUAUGCUGCCGGGACCCCGACCCCGACCGGCAGCUGCCAGAGCUCGGCCCGCUUCUUUCCUGGACUAAAGAGCCAGAGGAUUACGGACCCCCGGUUUGCCCGGAGAGCGCCUCUCUCCGCGUGCAGGGUUUCAGGCACAGCCAGCACGUGAGGGGCGAGGUCGACUUCUUCCCUGCCUUCCCCUCGCCCGCGGUGGGCGAGCUGCCGCUGGAUGUGGGUCCCGGGGACCCGGACCGGCCCUCGGACUUCAGCCAGACCUGCCCCCUAACGAGCGAGCCCGCGGCGUGUCCGGAGGACGGCCCCCGCCUUCGAGCCGUGUUCGACGCCCUGGACGGCGAUGGGGACGGCUUCGUCCGCAUCGAGGACUUCGUCCAGUUCGCCACGGUCUACGGCGCAGAGCAGGUGAAGGACUUAACAAGAUACUUGGACCCCUGCGGGCUUGGUGUGAUCAGUUUUGAGGACUUCUAUCGAGGGAUCACCGCGAUCAGGAACGGAGAGUCCGAUGGCCAGCUGUGCGGGGUUGCGCCUGCUCAGGACGAGGAGCCGCCCGCCUGCCCCGAUGAGUUUGAUGACUUCGCUACCUUUGAGGCCAACGAGGUGACAGACAGCGCAUACAUGGGGUCUGAGAGCACCUACAGUGAGUGUGAGACCUUCACCGAUGAGGACACAGGCACCCUGGUGCACCCUGAGCUGCAGACUGAAGGGGAUGCAGACAGCGCGGGUGGCUCAGCUGUGCCCUCCGAGUGCCUGGACGCCAUGGAGGAUCCCGGCCACGGCGCUCUGCUGCUGCUCCCGGGCAGAUCCCACCUGCACAGCCAGUCCGCCGUCGCGGUGAUAGGCGGCGAGGAGCAUUUCGAGGACUAUGGGGAAGGCAGUGAGGCAGAGCUGUCCCUGGAGACCCUCUGCAACGGGGAGCAUGGCUGCAGAGACCCCGCUUUCCCCACCCCCAGCACCGACCCGCUUGCCGCAAAGCUGCACAGCAUCCUCACUGAUGAGGCUUUUGAGUUUUACUGUAGCCAGUGCCACAAACAAAUCAACCGCCUCGAGGAUCUUUCUGCUCGCCUGAAUGAUCUUGAAAAGAAUAGUCCAGCGAAACGGCUCUCCAGCAGGAAGGUGGCAAGUGUUAGGGGCUCAGGACCCAGCAGAAGCGGAGGUGAAGGUCAUCAGCCCUCCUCUGCACUUGUCCCCACCAUCCCCCUUGUAGAGGCGAGUCCAGACUCCAGGGAACGUGAUGUUUGUUCCAGACCACACGUUGAUUACAAGUUUAACGUUGCUUUCCUCCUCCCCUCCACCCAUGUUCCACCCCGAAGACGCUACAGGGGCACAGUGGGCUGGGAAUGCAGGCUGUCUGACCUCCUGAUUCUGAAGCCACUGGUCACUCCCAAGGUUGUCUUCCUGGAGAAGAGGGUGUCGGAGCUGGAGAAGGACACUGCUGCCAACGGGGAGCAGCACAGCCGGCUAAGGCAGGAGAACCUCCAGCUUGUGCACAGAGCCAACGCCCUCGAGGAGCAGCUGAAGGAGCAGGAGCUGAGAGCCUGUGAGAUGGCGCUGGAGGAGGCACGGAGGCACCGAGAGCUCUUGUGCAAGAUGGAGCGGGAGCGGAGCAUCGAGGUGGAGAGCCUGCAGGCCAGGCUGCAGCAACUGGACGAGGAGAAUGGGGAGCUGAGGUCCUGCACGCCCUGUCUGAAGGCCAACAUUGAGCGCCUGGAGGAGGAGAAGCAGAAAUUGCUGGAUGAGAUCGAGGAGUUGUCCCUGCGGCUCAGUGACGAGCAGGAGAACAGGAGGAAGCUGGGGGACAGGCUGAGUCACGAGAGGCACCAGUUCCAGAGGGACAAGGAGGCGACCCAGGAGCUGAUCGAGGACCUGCGCAAGCAGCUGGAGCACCUGCAGCUUUUCAAGCUGGAGGCGGAGCAGCGGAGGGGCCGGGGCAGCAGCGUGGGCCUGCAGGAGUACCACAGCCGUACCCGUGAGAGCGAGCUGGAGCAGGAGGUCCGCAGGCUGAAGCAGGAUAACCGUAACCUGAAGGAGCAGAAUGACGAGCUCAACGGGCAGAUCAUCAACCUGAGUAUCCAGGGCGCCAAGAACCUCUUCUCCACGUCCUUCUCGGAGUCCCUGGCUGCAGAGAUCAGCUCCGUCUCCCGAGAUGAGCUCAUGGACGCCAUUCAGAAGCAGGAGGAGAUAAACUUCCGCCUGCAGGAUUACAUUGACCGGAUCAUUGUGGCCAUCAUGGAGACCAACCCAUCCAUCCUGGAGGUCAAAUAAAGGCAGGAAGGCCCAGCCUGCUGGGCCCAGGACCCCACCUGCAUCCAGGAGAUGGCCACGGCACACACACGGCUGAGACCAGCAUCUGGGCUGGGGCGCAAUGACGGGUCUGCAGAGGGAGAAGGAACGGGAGCCCUGGGACCAGGGGCCCACGCAGGAGAGGGUGGGGCUGGGUCCGCUGUCUGCAGAGAUGCGGAGACGACGUCUCAGGCUCAAGUGAGCCCUUCUGGGCGCUCCGUCCCGUGGGGCAGACCUCUCUGCUGACCUAUCCAUCAGGGAAGAAAGGAAGGAUACGUCCCCACCGGGGUGCUAUGGCAUGCGUCUGCUCAGAGGCCCUCACCUGGACGGCACAGCAGCCCCAGGACCCUCUCGCCAGACGUGGUGGUGUGGGAAGUACAGGCAGGCAAGGCGGUGCGUGUCCGGGUCUGGCUAGGAGCUGCAGGGGUCCCGGCUUUCCUGGGGCUGUGUCUACCAUCGCCCAUCCAGACGGGUACUUCAGUCCAGUGUCAGACCCUUGCUGCAGUAACCCCCCCCCCCGUGGGGGCUGGGGCAGGAGCCUCCACUCUGAAAUCAGGACUUGAGAGUCCCCCCAUGUGGAGCAUGCUCCCUGGACAGGGUGGGUGUCCCUGGCCUCUCUGACCCCAGGUACGGGCAGCGUCCUGGUGAGAAACUGCCUCCCCAUCGCUGUGGCCUCCCAGCCUCCCAGAGCACCCCCCUCCCUGGGCAGAUCUCAGCUGUCCCGGGUGAGUCCCGGUUUCCUAGGCAGAGUCCACGUGUCUGGAAGUCGUUGAAGUGGCCGUCCUUCACCGAGCUGGGUUUUUGCAGGAGGCCGGGCUGUAUAGGUUCUCUCCAUACACGGAUCAGGAGCAGGAACAAGGCCCUCCCGGCAGCUUGGGGUUCCUUUAAGGAAGCCAUUGCCUGGCUCUCUGCCCCCACUGCCAGGCAGCACACCGCCGUGGGGGCUGCUGGGCCUGCCUCCACCCUGAGCCUGAGCACUGGCCUGGAGCCUCUGGGUGCUCCUGGGUGGGUCAAGACCCCGCACACAGACUGGCCACUGCUGUGUGCGGUGUGUGUGAGAGGGUGUGUGUGCGUGCGCGUGCGUGUGUGUGCGUGUUGCCCUGCGUCCCUCCAUCCUCCCUGUGGUCCACCUUCUACGCUAAGAUUUAAGAUGUUGCCUCGUAUUGUACAUUUUGGGGAAAGCCUUGGGUGUAAAUCAGUGUAAACUUGGAGGAGAGAUUUUUCUAUCAUGUAGAGUAGGUAUUUUUUAUAGAUUGAAGGUUGAUCAAUUUUUUAAUACUUCCAAGAGAGAAAACUAUCUGUGUAUACACAUAAAAUAUAUAUAUGUAUGAUAAUAAAUACUGGAACUCUA